CCCGGCGCGGGUCCGGCCCUCGCUCCCGCCCUCCCGCGGAGGGGCGCGGCUUCCCGGAGGCCCGGGAGGGGCCCGUGCCGGGCUCCCUCGCUGCGAGGGAAAAUGCCCGCUGGUUCUUUUGUACGCAAGGCUAUCAAGCCCGGAGGACGCCGUGCCCUGUGGCACUCGGACUGAGAAAGCGCGUUGCGAAUCACGAGGCUUUUUGCCCAUAGGUGCCGUUAAGGCGCGUUUUGGAGUGGGGAACGGAGGAGCCACAGGUGCAGCCCGACGCUCCCCGUACUCAAGUAAGGAUGCCUUAAAACGAGAACUAUGGAUAAAUAUAUCAAAGUACGGAAGAUUGGAGAAGGAUCCUUUGGGAAAGCAAUUCUUGUCAAAGCUAAAGAAAAUGGCCAACAGUAUGUUAUUAAAGAAAUAAACAUCUCUAAGAUGUCAAAUAAGGAGAGAGAAGAAUCAAGGAGAGAAGUUGCUGUUUUGGCUAACAUGAAACACCCAAAUAUUGUCCUCUAUAGGGAGUCAUUUGAAGAAAAUGGCAGUCUGUACAUAGUGAUGGAUUACUGUGAAGGAGGAGACCUAUUUAAAAAGAUAAAUGCCCAGAAAGGAAUCCUGUUCUCUGAAGAUCAGAUUCUGGAUUGGUUUGUACAAAUCUGUUUAGCACUAAAACACAUACAUGAUAGAAAAAUCUUGCAUCGGGACAUAAAGUCACAGAAUAUAUUUUUAACCAAAGAUGGAACAAUACAGCUGGGAGACUUUGGAAUCGCCAGAGUUCUGAACAGUACUGCAGAGUUGGCACGCACUUGCAUAGGAACACCGUACUAUUUGUCACCUGAAAUAUGUCAGAACAAGCCUUACAACAAUAAAAGUGAUAUCUGGGCCCUUGGUUGUGUUCUCUAUGAAAUGUGUACACUUAAACAUGCGUUUGAAGCCGGUAACAUGAAGAACUUGGUCCUGAAGAUAAUCUCUGGACCUUUUCCUCCUGUUUCUAUGCAUUACUCCUAUGACCUACGUAAUCUGCUGUCACAGCUAUUUAAAAGGAAUCCUAGGAAUAGACCAUCAGUAAACUCCAUAUUGGAGAAAAACUUUAUAGCCAAACGGGUUGAAAAAUUUCUCACACCAGAGCUUAUUGCAGAAGAAUUCAGUCACAAAAUUUUCCACAAGUUUGGACCACAUGCUUCACCAGCUAAAAGACCAGCUCAAGAACAAACACUGACUUCAGUUGCACCAGCUCAGAAAAUUACCAAACCUGCUGCAAAAUAUGGAGUGCCUUUAACUAUCAGGAAGUCUUGUGGUGCACCUAGAAAGCCUAAUGAGAAGAAGCCAUUGACUAAAACCAGACAGGAACCUUCAAAAAAGAAAAGGUUAGAAUUGCCUGAAAAAGAAAAACGCCAGAGAGAGCAGAUCAGUUUACCGAAGGCAGAUGAAAUGAGAAGAUUGGAAAAAGAAAGGAUGGAACGAAUAAACAGAGCCAGGGAACAAGGAUGGAGGAAUGUGCUUGGUUCAGGUGGAAGUGGUGUUAAGGCACCAUAUUAUGUCGGUGGAGGUGGUGUUGGUCCUCUUCCUGUGUCUUCCAGAGGACGCUAUGAACACUAUCAUGCUAUUUUUGACCAGAUGCAACAGCAAAAGGAAAACAUCUUCAGAGUAGCUGAAGAGAGGGAGGCCAAAUUGAGGGCAAAACUACAAGACCGAGGAGUUGCUGAAAGAGGAAUUCCACCUGGAACACGUCCAGGAGUUCCUAAGGGACCUGCAGGUCAUCACCAUUUACCCGAUGUUGGUGCAGUUAGGAAAAAAGGGAAAAGAUUGAAGGAGGUGUCUAAACAAGCCAGUGCAAACAGGCAAAAAGGAUGGAUAGCUGCAGAUAGAGCAAAGCAAGUUGAAGAAUUCUGGCAACGAAAGAGAGAAGCCAUGGAAAACAAAGCUCGAGCUCAGGGACACAUGGGUACACUGCAAAACGUGGCAGAUACCUAUGGAGGCAGGUCCAUUUCUGCAAGAGGAAGGAAAUCCAGAAACAAGGAGGAAGAGGAAUAUUUGGCAAGACUGAGACAGAUCCGGCUACAAAAUUUUAACGAACGUCAACAGAUUAGAGCAAAACUUCGUGGAGAUAAGACUUUCACUUUGCAGAAUGAAGCUGCCAGUUCUGAUGGACAGGACUCGAGUGAGGAAGCAGAAUUGAAACGCAAGAAGGUAGAAAUGCAGAAGGCCCAAGCAAAUGCUCGUGCUGCAGUUCUGAAGGAACAGUUGGAGCGAAAGAGAAAGGAAGCAUAUGAAAGAGAGAAAAGAGCCUGGGAAGAACAUAUGAUUGCAAAAGGGGUAAAGAAUCCUAAUGUGCCUUUUCAUGUGGAAGCUACAGAACAUAGUCCUAUGAAUGGACUACAAGAGCCUGGAGCUGCUCUUCCUAAGCCACAACUUCCAGUGAAGCCUGCUGUACCUGUCAUCUCCAUGACUUCUGCUUUGAAGGAAGUGGGUGUGGAUGAACAUGUAAUAACUGCUAUCCAGGAACCUGAGGAGGAAGUAAAAAAACCAGAUUUUGCAAUACAAAAUAAGCGCGAAAUUCUGAGAAGAUUAAAUCAAAAUCUUAAAGCUCAAGAAGAUGAGAAAGGAAAAAAGGAGGAUAAAAAUACCUCUGAAUCAGGUGGAUCUGAAGAUGGUAAGGAACAACAAGGUGACCAGCCACUUCUGGGAGAUCGCAAAAAAUGGGAACCUGGGGCAUCUGAGCUGGUCGUUCCUCUGGCUCAGUUAUCGAUGGAAGAUUCUCUCUCUGGAACAGAGUGUCAGACUCUGGGGGAAGUAAUUAGGUUAGAUAUUGGUGAACCUCACAGGAAAGUCUGGGGCAAAAGCCCUACUGAUUCAGUUCUGAGGAUCCUAGGAGAAGCAGAGCUGCAGCUGCAAACUGACAUACUUGAGGAACAAGAUGAGAUAAAUGGUACUGCAGAACUUCUUGAAGAAGGUCAUCAGUCUUCAUCAGAGGAGAAGGAAGAGAAGGCUUUUUUUCCUGUUGGAGCUCAGUCUGCAGUACCAGUUGGUGUUACAAAGUCUGUCAUGGCUGUACCAGAAGAAUCUCAAAGAACUGAACCCCCCCUGGUACAGAGCAUACCUAUUAUGCUGGAUGAGCCUGAUGAUUUGGAAGCAGAGGUGCUGGAAGAAAUGGAAGAUAAAAUGAACCAGAGCCAGAGUAAGGAGAAUAAGGAGUUUCCCAGCACUGUUAAUGAAGUGUGGGUAAAAGAGAAAGAGGAUACGGUACAACUUGAUGGAAUGAAUGAGGCAGCUUCAGAGAAAGCAGUGCCCAACAAGGUGCAACCACAAAAGGAAGCUCCAGCAGAAACUUGUGCCAGUGACUGUCAGCAAGCUGAACCCUUGUUCCAGAGGGUAAUACAGCCCACAGCUGUACCAACAACCUCACCAGUUCUGUCAGCUCAGUCUUCACAGGAAGAGUCUUUUGUACCUCGUUCACGUUCCAUAUCACCAGCAAGAAAUAAAGGCAAAAGUUCUUUGUUGAUUGGACUUUCUACAGGACUUUUUGAUGCAAAUGACCCAAAGAUGUUGAGAACAUGUUCACUCCCAGAUCUUUACAAACUGUACAGAACUUUAGUUGAUGUUCCCAGUGUAGCAGAUGUGCAGCAUCAACAUAAUCUUGAAAUAGAUGAUACGGAAGAUGAGCAAGCCAAAGAAGGACCCUCUGACUCUGAGGAUAUUAUGUUUGGAGAGACAGAUACAGAUUUGCAGGAGCUCCGGGAUUCGAUGGAACAGUUGCUUCGGGAGCAGCCUAGUGAGGAAUUGAGUGAAGAAGAGGAGUCUACUUUAAAGGCUAAUGCUAUGGAAUGCGUUACAAAUGGUACUGAGCUGGAUGAAGGAGAUGAAAAUAACCCCAGCAGUGAAAGUGCUCUUAAUGAAGAAUGGCAGUCAGAUAAUAGUGAUGGAGAGAUUGCCAGUGAAUGUGAAGAAUGUGAUAGUAUCUUCAGCCAUUUAGAAGAGCUGAGAUAUAACCUGGAGCAGGAAAUAGGCUUUGAUAAAUUAAUUGAAGUUUAUGAGAAAAUAAAGGCUAUACUUGAAGAUGAAGAUGAAAAUAUUGAUAUUUGUUCAACCAUAGUUCAGACUGUUCUUGGAAAUGAACACAAACACCUGUAUGCCAAAAUACUUCACCUGGUAAUGGCAGAUGGAGCCUACCAAGAAGGUAAUGAUGAAUAAACCUGACUCAGGAAAUUCCUUAGUGCUUACUACAUAUCAGUGUCUGAAGUUUGCACAGCUGAACAACAAAUUGUAGCCGAGAAUGUAACAUAGGGCAGGAGAGGCAAGACUUCAAAAAAGAAUGUGGAUUGUAUGAAAAAGAGAAAAAACAUGCCUUUUAAACUGAGAUACCUUUAGAGUUCUCUUGUGUGGAUUUGCAUACAUGUUCCUUAAAUAUUCGGUACCCAAAAUUUAAAAAAACCCACACCAACCAACACAACAAAAUAAAAAGAAAUGCCUGUAUAUAUUCCGAUACAAAACUGAGACCUAUAAUUAAAACAGAAUUUCUGCCAUAGGAAGAGAUAGCUGGUAUGGUAGAACAGCUGGAAGCAUUACUGUGUGGUGGAAAUACUCACAUCUAGCUAUUUACUUACAUACUUCAAGUAGCUUUUCUUUACACCUACACAAAGAAAUUAUUUUGUUUUUACUGACUCUCAUGGUUGUAUUUUAAUAGUAUCUUAAUCUAUUGGUCCAGUUCAAGCAUUUCACUCUUACUGUAUUUUGAACUUGAAGGCUUCUGUCACAUCUGAAAUAUCUUGAUGUUGUUUCUAAAUCAGGGCAAGCUGGUACAUAAGUCAUCAUUGAAAUGUCUGGGAGGGGUUGAGAUUGUAAAAUCCAUUUGGAGCUGGAAUACUCGUUUUUCCAAAUUUUUUCUCCUUCUUUUUCUUCUUUUUCCCCUUUCCUAUCCCCUUCCUAAAAAUCCCAGUUGUUUACCGCUCUUGAAUUUUAUAAUCUGCUCAAUGAUGAUGUUCUACACUGUUGAACUGAAAGGGGGAGGGGGUUUCCAGUUUGACUUUGAAGUCUGAGUGUUCUAGUUGUUGCUCCAGGGGAAAAUGAAACAUUGCAGACACAAGUGCUGUGUGAUACUUCACAUCUUCUGGCUCCUGUAUUGUAUAGCUUGGUUUCCACCACCCUACAAGCAAAAGCCGGUUUCUUCUGACACACAUUUCCUCGUUCCCUGUGUCAAAGUAGUACUAUAGAGGGCAGACAAUAGGGAUUCUGUUGUUUUGCAGUCAUGGUCUCUGCAUCAUCUUUACUGGUUUACCCAUUACAGUAAGUCUUGCUAUGAAUUUGAAGAACUGUCAAACUUCCAAGUGCCCGACUGAAGAAAAAUAGGUUUGGUUUCUUUUUUUUUUUUUUCAGUCACAAUUUAAAACUGUCAAAAGUUGCUUUUCCACAAAGUAAAAACAAGUACAUAUAUAUAUAUAUAAUUUAAACUGUCAAAAUAUGUACAUGAUUUUUGUAUAAUUGUUUUAUGGUGUCAUUAUUAAAAUUUUGCUCACUGAAAACCGUUAAUUUUUUUAGACA